AAGGGUCUCGCGCGUAUAUGCGCAUGCGCAGGGGGCCAGGCCCGCUCUGCCUCGUCGAAGGAGUCUGAGGGAAGGAGCCGCCGCGGGAGCAGGAAGCAGCCCUGGCUUCUUCCCCCGCCGCCGCUGCUGUAGCCAUGUCCCUGGGCCAGUACGAGCGGCACUGCGACUCCAUCAACUCCCUCGACUUCGAGAACGACUCCUCCGGCCGCAGCACCAUUAACAGUAUUAACAGCGCCCCCCGGCCUGCCCCGGCCUUGGCUGGCGAGCAAGAGGAGCUGCACUACGCCCCCAUCCGCACCCUGGGCCGCGGCGCCUUCGGGGAGGCCACGCUCUACCGCCGGACGGAGGAUGACUCACUUGUUGUGUGGAAGGAAGUGGAUCUUACCAGAUUAUCAGAAAAAGAACGUCGUGAUGCUUUGAAUGAGAUUGUUAUCCUUGCUCUGCUGCAACAUGACAACAUCAUUGCCUAUUAUAAUCAUUUCAUGGAUAACAACACGCUGCUGAUUGAAUUGGAGUACUGUAAUGGAGGAAAUCUCUAUGAUAAGAUCCUACGACAGAAAGACAAGUUGUUUGAGGAAGAGAUGGUGCUGUGGUACCUUUUUCAGAUUGUAUCAGCAGUGAGUUGUAUCCACAGGGAAGGAAUACUUCACAGAGAUAUAAAGACAUUGAAUAUCUUCCUUACCAAAGUAAAUCUUAUCAAACUGGGUGACUAUGGCUUGGCAAAAAAGCUGAACUCGGAGUAUUCCAUGGCUGAAACUUUGGUAGGAACUCCAUAUUACAUGUCUCCAGAGCUUUGCCAGGGAGUAAAAUACAACUUUAAAUCUGAUAUCUGGGCAGUUGGCUGUGUUGCCUUUGAGCUCCUCACACUGAAGAGAACUUUUGAUGCAACAAAUCCCUUGAAUCUCUGUGUGAAAAUUGUGCAAGGGAACCGGGCAAUGGAAGUUGAUUCCAGUGUUUAUUCUCCAGAUUUCAUCCAGAUGGUACACUCUUGCCUUGAUCAGGAUCCUGAGAAGAGGCCUACUGCUGAUGAACUGCUUGAGAACCCUGUUAUCAGCAAGCGCAGGAGGGAAAUGGAGGAGAAAGUUGUACUGCUUAAUGGCCCAAAUAAACGACCAAGAACCAGUACCAUGAAUGAUGCUCCCAUUGCUGUGGUGACUUCACGUACCAGUGAAGUAUAUGUAUGGGGGGGUGGGAAGUCCACUCCUCAGAAGCUGGACGUUAUUAAAGGGGGCUGCAGUGCACGACAAGUCUGUGCAGGAAACACCCACUUUGCACUGGUGACAGUAGAGAAGGAGCUCUAUACCUGGGUGAACAUGCAAGGUGGCACCAAAUUGCAUGGUCAGCUAGGGCAUGGAGACAAAGCCUCGUAUCGACAGCCAAAGCAUGUGGAAAAACUACAGGGAAAAGCUAUUCACCAAGUGUCUUGUGGAGAUGACUUCACUGUUUGCAUUACAGAUGAGGGUCAAGCCUUUGCCUUUGGCUCAGACUACUAUGGCUGUAUAGGUGUGAACAAAGCAUUUGGCUCUGAAGUAUUGGAGCCCAGGCAGCUGAAUGUCUUCCUUAACAACCCAGUGGAGCAGGUUUCCUGUGGAGAUAACCAUGUUGCAGUGCUGACCCGAAACCGAGAAGUCUACACAUGGGGCUGUGGAGAAUAUGGCCGCUUAGGUUUGGAUUCAGAAGAAGAUCACUGGCUCCCACAAAAGGUGGAAAUCCAGAAGGCUUCCAAUAUUGUUUCAGUCCAGUGCGGCAGUGAUGGGACGUUUUUGCUCACACAGACAGGCAAGGUCUUGGCUUGUGGUCUGAAUGAAUUCAACAAGCUGGGCCUGAACCAGUGUACUUCAGGGAUCAUUAAUCAUGAUGCUUACCAAGAAAUUCCUUAUACGACUUGUUUUACUUUGGCCAAGAAACUCUCCUUUUACAAGAUUCGCACCAUUGCUCCAGGAAAGACACACACAGCUGCCAUAGAUGAGCGGGGUCGUUUACUUACCUUUGGCUCCAACAAAUGUGGGCAGCUGGGCGUUGGAAACUAUAAGAAGCGGCUGGGUAUUAAUCUGCUGGGAGGACCACUUGGAGGGAAGCAGGUCAUCAGGGUUUCCUGUGGUGAUGAAUUCACUAUUGCUGCUACAGAUGAUAACCAUAUAUUUGCCUGGGGUAAUGGUGGGAAUGGUCGUUUAGCAAUGACACCAACAGAGAGAGCACACAGUUCUGAUAUUUGUACAUCAUGGCCUCGGCCCAUUUUUGGUUCUUUGCAUUAUGUCCCAGACUUGUCUUGUCGUGGAUGGCACACCAUAAUAAUUGUUGAAAAAGUUAUAAAUUCUAAAAUCCUACGUUCCAGUAGUAGUGGCCUGUCCAUUGCAACAGUGGCUCAAAGCUUGACAGCUGAAGGAGGAGAAGAGGAAGACAGUGAGCGAGAGACUGACAUCCCUGAUCCAAGCAGGGGUUUCCGGGGAACCAUGGAAGCUGACCGUAAAAUGGGAGAUCGUAUUUGUGCUAAUGAAGCUAUUGCAGAUAGCAGUGCUGCGUGCAGUUCUUGCCCCAGUUGGCUGCGCAAGGAGUUGGAGAGUGCCGAGUUCAUCCCCAUGCCUGAAACUCCUUCUCUCGCAAGCCUAGAAUCUGAAUCUGACAAAGAAACCCUUCCCUAUGAUGAACUGAAAGGACUCCACAUGGCUCCUCCAGCACCUAUUGAUAAUAACAAGACCAAUGCAGGUUCCUGGCACCUUCCGGAUUCAGCAGAACCUUGUAGUGGUGAAAAGACCUCUGCAGUACCACCUCCAUGUAAAUGCAGUUUGCUGCAGGCUGAAGUCGAGCGCCUCAGUGGCUUAAUCUCAAAGUGCUUGGCUGACCAGGAGAAGCUUCAGCAGGAAACCAGCCGUCUUAGUGCUCAGCUCCAGAGUCUCAUCAGAAGUACACAAGGAGCCCAGGAGAUGGAGGCUAAUUCCAAAGCCACGCAAACCACCAAAGAAGAGACAGAAAUGGAUCCAAAACCUGACUUGGAUUCUGACUCCUGGUGCCUCCUGGGAACUGAGUCAUGCCGCUUCAGCCUGUAGUCUUCUGAGUCCACUGGGAUCCAUCCAAUUUCACAGCAUAUUAACUGAAUGCAGAGAGCAGCUUUCCUGGCUUCAGGUCCUUUGUGAACAAGGAGGUCAGGAUUUUCACAGCAUCCAUGUAUGGAAGAAGGGAAGCACUAUGGGCUUAGGAGGUAAUUCAGAGAGGCAGAGUCCCAGGUUCAAGCCUUGGCCUGCUUAGGCGUCCUGUUGGCAGCAAGCCCUCUCAAUAAAUACAUUAUGUCAGGCUGUCCUUGAGACCUGAUAGCUAUGCCACAAGAAUAGCUCUAGUGCAGCACACCCUCAGUUUCUUUCACAACUUUUGACGGGUGGCAUUGAACCCCUAGCAAUAGUCACUUCAACUGAAGCAGGAAACAUGGUUGAAAAGAGAAAAACAAAUGAGCACCCACAUUUUGAGUGAAACUGUCAGGUUAAACUCAGAGGGGCAGGACCCCAGUCUGUUGGGGGAAAUUGCUUGCAGGUAGGGAGGUCUAAGAAAGAUCUUGCUCUGAAAAUGAAUUAAGGCCAUGUAUCCUCCACCUUGUAUGGAAGGCAUUUAUAGCUUUUUUUUAAAAAAAAAAACCUUAAGGAAUGAUUGGGAGAAGAUCUCAGGCACAUUUUCCUUAGCAUUCCCACCAGGUAAUGUCAGCUUAGUAUGGAUACCAGAAUGAGCUGUUGAAAGCCCCUUUGUGUCCUUUAUUCUGUUGUUCUUAUCCAGUACUUGUGGAAAUUGGAGCCAUAUUGAGUUUAAUAGAAUUUCUCUGUGCAGCCAAAUUACAGGAAGCUAUUAUACAUUGCUUCAGAUCAUUUCUUAUAUUUUCAAUACUGAGCUGUGUAUGAAGGAAGUUUGAAGAUAGGAUUUUCUAUUUUCCCAAAUUAUGCUAAUAUCUUUGCUAAACUGUUCAGUUAAUCAGUGUAAGACUUUGGUGCAGAUGUGAGCUCUCGGAGCCAUAUCCAUUUACCUCCCUAUCAUGGAAUGAAAUUCCCAUUGUUCUUUGUUUUAAGAACAUUAUAGCUUUAUAUUCUAGAAAAGUUGCUGUAUCAGUUUAGUGUCCCUUAUUUUUUAUUUGGUAAUCGUACAUUAUAAUUUCAACCUUUCAUAAAAUUAUUCUUUGGAUCCCCUCAUCCACUCUUUUAUACUACAACUACAUCAGAGUUUUAAAAAUUACUCUGCCUUGAGGUGAGUUUCUUGCCUCAAAUAGUGCAUUACAAAGGAUUUACUUGAUUCCUCUCUUAAUUCUCUGUUGGAACUGAAUCAGAUUUUUUUCUUUUGUUCAGCUCCAGGGGAAAAAUGUUUGUUGUGCCUUUCCUUAGUGGGAAAGAAGGAAAAAGAGCCUGCAUAUAAGAAAUACCAAAUGUUCAGUAAAUUGUUAUGCCAUUUGGCUGAUAUUAAGUGUUGGAUUGUUUAAUCUCUUUCAUAUGAGAAUAUACUCUCCUAUUAUAAAAUAGGAAGUGAAAGGGAAUUAAGCACAGUCCAUAUCGUAACAGGAAUCACUGUGUUAAUGGGAUUCCCUCUCCUACAGCAUAUGUACAUUAUUUCUCAGUACUCUGAAUUUGAAAAAUGAAGUGCAUCGACAAGAUUUCCCUGAAGUCUAGCAGGGGUAUUGGUUAUUGAGGGAUGGUGACCUGUACUCCAUGGCAAUAUAUGUGCCUUAAAGGAUUCACGCUGUUCAAGCUGUGCCUGUUACAGAUCACAAUAUAUGCACCAGUCCUCCUAUGCAACCAAAGACACAUUUUAAACACUGAUUGUGCCCUGGAAGGUGAAGGGCAAGUAGGCCAACGUGCCUUAGAGCAGUUUCAGAUCCAGUUCCUUUCUCCUUUUUCAGCAGUGCUAGUUCUGUAGAUAUCAAUCUCUUGCUAACACUGCUGUUGAUUUGUUAUAGUGGAACACAACAUAUGCUUGCACUGGCACACUAGCAGCAACUAGUUUGUCAUUAUCUAUGAAAGAUUCAAUGGUGAAGUGGUUUGAAGUUUUCUGUUUAAAUAAAUGUUCACACUCA